AUGGGACAGUCUAACAAUGUGACAGAAUUUAUCCUCCUGGGCCUCACUCAGGAUCCUGAGGGGCAAAAAGUAUUAUUUGUCAUAUUUUUACUCAUCUACAUUGUGACAGUGCUGGGCAACCUGUUCAUUGCAGUGACUGUUUUUGCCAGCCCUUUCCUGGACUCCCCCAUGUACCUCUUCCUUGCCUCUCUGUCACUCAUGGAUGUGGUUUAUUCUACUACCAUUUCACUGAAAUUGAUCAUAGACCUAUUGCUUGCUAAAAAGACAAUUUCCUUCUCAGCUUGUAUGGGACAGCUGUUUCUGGACCACUUUUUUGGAUGUGCUGAGCUCUUCCUACUGAUGGUGAUGGCCUAUGAUCGAUAUGUGGCUAUCUGCAAGCCACUGUACUCCCUAACGGUCAUGAAUAGACAGGUGUGCUUCCUGUUUCUGGUGGUGUCCUGGGUUGGAGGUUUGGUGCACUCUGUGGUUCAAAUUUUCAUUGUGUACAGCCUUCCCAUCUGUGGUCCUAAAGUUAUUGACCACUUCGCCUGUGACAUGUACCCAUUAUUGGAACUCACCUGCACUGACACCUAUUUUGUAGGAUUCACGGUGGUUGUUAAUAGUGGUUUAAUCUGUAUGGUGGUGAUCUUUGUCCUUCUACUGAUCUCUUAUGGAGUCAUCCUAAAUUCCCUUAAAAGUCACAGUCAGGAAGGGAGGCGCAAAGCUCUGUCUACCUGCUGUUCUCACGUCACAGUGGUUUUCCUGUUUUUUGUUCCUUGUAUUUUCAUGUAUGUUAGACCCAUUUCCAACUUCCCCACUGAUAAAUUUAUAACUGUGUUUUAUAUGGUUAUCACUCCCAUGUUGAAUCUUUUAAUAUACACCCUGAGAAAUUUGGAGACGGAAAAUGCUAUGAAAAAUCUUUUCUGUAGUAAGUUGACUGUAGCUAUAUUAAAAAAUGUGUCAAUCAUACUAAAAACAUUUGUUUCUAAUGAUGAAGCAACAGGCAGUGAAUUCUAA